AUGGAAGGAGGUACAUUUGUGUCACAAAGUAAGUAUGCCAAGAACCUUGUCAAAAAGUUUGGCCUUGAGUCGGCUAAACAGAUUCCCAUGGCUAAGACAAAGAACCCAGGGCAACCAAAAAGGAUGGAAGAAUCUGAUCCCGCCCCCUCGAAUGCUCCUCCUGCUGCUCUAAUCUUGCUCCCUGCUGCUGCAACUGCAUCAAACCCAGGAGAUUCAUCACUUUCUCAGCGUAAGGGUGUUGCUGCAACCACUCUAAUAGGACCAUCUUCUUGCACCCGUGCCCAGCAAGCUUCACUCAAGAAGGAGCUUCGCACUAAACGAAGCCAUGACAGACCAAUUCCUCCUACCAAGAAGUUGAAAUUGAAUCCACCUUUGGCUUUUUCAAGUUUUGAAGAAGAAGAACCAAUGGAGGUCCCCUCUGAUGACUCUGAGACCAAAUCCUUGUCUAUUCCCUCUGAAAAAGUUCUUCUAGAAGAUUUUGGUGUCUCCUCUGACAAUGAGGAAACUGAUCUCGAUCUCGAGCCACCAUUGACCAAAUUUACUCUAGCACGCCCUCGUGCUUCUUCUGCAGCCAAAGCCAUUGCUGCUGCCAAAGGAAAGCAGCCUAUGCAGAGUUCAUCUCUUGGUAAUAUCUCUCCCUCUCAAGCUGUCAAUUCCAGAUUUUAUUACCGUGAUAAUCAGCGUGAUUGGAAUAUUUAUGCUACCCGAAAGUUUGAGAGUGAAAGAAAUUAUGAUAUCCAUGCUCAUAGGGUGUGUGGCAUUGUUAAGUUUGUUCAAUACCAUCAAUGGGAUAAUACUCUUACUAAUUUUGAAGGGUAUGUCGAAAGUAUUGUCAAAGAAUUCUAUGCCAAUCUGACUAAUGAUUUGCUUGAUGAGAACUCUAAAUUUUUUUGUAAAGUCUAUGUUCGGGGGCAUUGGUUUUCAUUCACUGUCAAGGAAAUCUCUAGGGCUUUGCAAUUACCCGAAGGUGUGUCCAGUGUUGUCAUGUCUAUGGAUCACCAUUUGAUGCUCUCUGAACUCUCCGGUGCACGGGUUGAAUGGAAAUCUGGGCAGAGUCUUCGUAUUACACAUCUCACUUAUGCUCAUGCAUCACUCAUGAGGUUUGCACUUAGCAAUUGGCUUCCCAAUUCCAACAAAAUUGUGAAAGAUGUGGCCUACUCUCAUAAAACACUUGAGCCUCCCCUUACUGGCACCAUCUUCCAACCCUCGAAGUACUUUGAUGGAGCUUUUUCCAAGAGUCCUAAAGCUGGUGUUGCUGCUGCUGCUGGUGCAAGUUUGAGUUCUGCUCCUACAGAUGUCCAUGAGGUCAAGCAUGAGGUUCAACAAGUGAACAAUCGUCUUGCUGCCAUGGAGGAGGUUCAGCAAGAGAUGUCCAAGCAGCUGUCCUCCUUGAUCAAGCUAUAUGGGGCAUAA